AUGUUAGGGAAACUCUUUGCAGGGUCCUCCCGGCACUCGGACCCUCAAUCGUCUUCAACAUCAUUCAACAACUCUUCUCCAGAAACAUCUCCUUACCAAUCUUCAACAUACCCUCUACACCCUUCUUCUUCUUCUUCUUCUUCUUCUUCUUCUUCUUCUUAUCCAGCCCUCUUCUCUGUCAUCGACGAAGCAGAUACAAGAAACCUUCUUUACGGCACAACUUCCAAUCUCGCAAACCUCGAUGGUAUCCGUGAUAUGCGCGUCGUCGUCAUUUCUGACAUGCACAAGGUUGAUGCUCCAUUUUACGACUCUCAUGAACCAUCUACUACCACCUCUUCAUCUACUUCCUCUUCUAUAUCAUCUUCCCGUAAACCUUCAGCCUCCUCUUUAUCUUCAUCUCCAGGAAUUCACGCGUGGCCACACCAUCAAUCUUCACAAUCUCACAACUAUCAUACUAGCAAUACUAGCAAUACUUUCAAUAACCCAUCAAAUCAACGAUAUGCUCCUGAGAUCCCAACAUUCCGCGCUCUCCAGGACCGUGUUUUUGGAUACUCUCAGAUGAAGUACUCGGGACCAGUCACUAAACUCCAUCCUUUACCUCUUUCGGAACCCUCUCCAACGCAACGAUUCCAGAAACCCUUUUCUUCUUCUUCAACAUCAUCAUCCUCUUCAUCUUCUUCAAGUAGGCGACAAAAUUUUGGCAGGCAUCCACCACCGCCUGCUCCUGCUUCUUCUUUCCCUUCUCGCCAAAAUAAUGUCUGGUUGGUUUCUCGCAUUUUUAGACUCACCAGAUCAACAACUGGAACAACUGUCGCCACCCAACCAGAAGCCCUCCAGAAACAGGAAAGACAAUCAGCCAGUGUCUCCGGCAGCAUAAGCUCCUCAAGCUCAUCUGAAAGUUCCUCUAGUACUAGCGAUGUUAGCGACAGUAGUGCUAGUAGCACGGCCAGUGAUGAUAGUAUGGUUCUUCAAGCCGUGGCAGCUGCAGCAGCUGCAGCCGCUGCUACUACUACUUCUACUACUACUUCUACUACUACUACUACCACUACCACUACAACAUCUGACAAAACCUCCUCAAAUACCUCACCCAAAUCAAUACCUCCACAACUUGCAAGUAUACCUCCAUCGCAUAUACCCGAACACCACACCCACGGCCCCACCAUGUCUGACUACAACAUUGCUAUUUGUGUGUUUGUGACGGUUGCGGCGGAUGCCCAAGUUAGUAUUACAAAUUACUGGGAGGAGCUUAGUGCGGCUCUCCUCCAGCUACAAAAUGUGGUUUCCAAGGAACUUUACAAUUCGCUACCCCUCCACUCCAGGGACUUUACCACUCUACAACAACAACAACAACAACAACAAUUUUAUCAACAAGAGUUCAUGGAUGGUGCCGCGCCUUGCGUUGCCGCUGUUCCUUAUCCUCAACCACCGUGUACCCCGCUACAACCUUCGCGGCAGACUCCAUUCCGCAGGUGUAUGCCUGCAACAACAAAGUAUCUCGUCGACUCUGCGCAUAUCCGCCAUGCCGUGGACGUUUUUAAAAGUCGGUUCUUCACGGCUGUUCGUGAACCUCGAGUCAUUUGUGGCCAACGCAAAUGGCCUGAAAUUCUUACUAUUAUUCGCUGGAUCAAGUCUGCUUUUGGUGAAAAAUUUUUAUGCUCAAUCAUCUCUUCAUUCAUUCUCACCAAUGUUGAUCUUCUUACUCUUGACCGACGCUCCUUUGAAGCAACGGCUCUAGGAACUCCGCCAACUCGCACUGUCGUUGUAGGUGAUCGUACAGCUGCAUGCAAAGUCAUUUUUCUGCUCAGCUCUCUCAUCAAUGAUUCUUAUAGCCAAGUUUACGACGAACAACUUAAGGAGCUUUCUGCACUAGUGCAAAAUGAUGAUAUGGACGACCGCAAGUCGGUUAUUUCUUUUAAACCAUGUUUCAAUUCAAACUCCUCUUCAAGGAGAACUUCCACUCAUUCAAUCCAACCUUUAGCCAGUGGUACUGGCUGGGAAAUCCCCAAACCUGCACAAAUUAGUGUGGCUGAAUCACCAUCCUUUUGCACAAUGUCUCACGUUAUUCGGCCUUGCUUUUCCCCCAGCGCACUCUCUUCUUCAGUCUCGUCUUCUCUGGGGUACAAUCUUGCAGGAUCUUCUCCUUCAUCAUCUUCAUCCUCGCGCUCUCGUGACAGCUUUUCCUUUAGCACUCUUAAAAGAUCGCUUUCUAGUGCAGCCUCUUUAAACAGCGCGCUUUUCUCAAAUAUUUGGCCUACAAAUCGCGUCAAACCAUCAUCAUCUAUAUUGUCAACAUCUUCAUCAUCCUCAACAUCUUCGUCGUCUUCAUCGUCUUCUACUUCAGCUUAUAGAUCAGGCAGCCAAACAUCAGGAUUUUACGAUGACUUUAUGUUCCACGGAACAGACGACACUGCACUUGGGUUUCAGGAAAACAUUUACUCGGGAAGCAGCAGCAGCCUUGUUACUAGCUCCAAUGGGUCUUUCUUUAUUGGCGCAGGCGCCUCGACUGGAGGAUCCGGGACUCCAAUGGAAUCCGCAACAUCUUCUUUUACUGCUACUCCUGCUGCAUCCAGCUCUCUCGGAUUACACUCGCAAAUCAAUCGAGCCACUGAUCGUACAGCCACUACAUUGCCUCCGCUACGUGACUUUUCCUUGAAUAGGCCAGGGAGCCUCAGUGGAAGCAGUAGUUCUAGUGGAAGCAGUAGCAACCGAAGUGGGAGCGUGGGUAGUACUGGAGGAAAAGUAGGAGGGCCAGAUGUGAAUGGGGCCAGCGGAAGUAGUAGCCGCCGAAGUAGUGGCAGCACUAGUAGUAGCAGUUCAGGGACAAAAUCGCCAACGUCUCCAUCAAAUACACGGUCGUCAUCUAUUGAUAUGCUGGCACAAGAACUCUCCAACUCCUUAUCGCUGAAUAGUACGUCCUCAUUUUUAUCCAUGCUUAUGGAUACAAUUUCAUAUCCUGCCAAUUCGUCACAUGCGGCGCAACUUUCCACUUCUCAGGGCAAUUCUACUACCACCAACCAGAAUAGCAACAAUUCAUCUUCUUCAAAAACCUCUUCGGACCCCUUAGCAUCUGUUUGUAUAGGGCUGGCGUAUGAGUACACGGAGAUACCGGAAAAAAAUGCAGCAGUGCUGGACAUUGCUCCCUUGGACAUGCUGGAUUUUGCCAAGAUGGUUGCACCACCGAUUUUCGAUCCUAUUGUGCUGCCGCCAAUUGUAGGCCACGUCUCAGAGUUCCAUCCGGAUUUCGCUCUCCAAGCGUGUCCGCCUGCUGUGGAUAUGGAUACUAAAAUCACUCAGGCUAUGAUGCAGGAUUCGGCAGUGCCUAUUCCUGUGAGAGAAUCCACUGCAAAACGCGAUAGUUUGCUUUACGGUGGGGCGAUGGCAACAGCAGUAGCAGCAGCAGCAGCUGCUGCUGCGGCGGCGACGGCAGCUGCUGCAGCAGUGCCAGCGUCAGCGUCAACAACAACAACGACAACAGCAUCAUCAUCAUCUUCUGUAUUGUCGUCGUCGUCGUUGUCCUCAUUGGGGUCUGGGUCUGCAACUGCUGCAAAUGCACACAAGCAGAGUCGAGCGGCUGCAGUUCCCUCUGGACGAUCAUUGCGGCCAGUAAGCACAAGCACAGUUGCGGCUUCUGCGACGUCCUCGCAGACUCUUUCCGCAAACUCUCCUGCAUCUUCUUUUUCGACAUCUUCGUCGCUGUCAACUUCAACCUCUGGGGCCAUGGGAUUUUCCGACCACGAUUUGGGGAGCGAUUUUGAGGAAAACCAUACUCAAUGUGAGUUCUCCAAGGAAGUUGAAAACAAUGCCGAGGAUACAGAUGAAGACAACGACAAUGAUGACGAUGACGAAGACGACGAUGAAGAAGAAAAGGGUUCGGAGAUUGUGUCCAAAACUUUGGUGAUUGAUCUCCAUGCCAUGGAAAUUACCCAACAUAUGUUAGUGCGCGAAUCAAGCGCCCAUCAAACAAUAUACAGAAAUAAGGUGUUUGCACGUGGGAGACCCGCGACGCCGGCGACUGCAGAAGCCACGAGUUCGGUAGAAGCACAGCUUGCGUUUUUGUUCCCGGAGACGGCCUCAACUCCUACUGGAUCAUCGUCUUCGUUGUCAUCCUCAUCCCGUGGGCGAGUGGGAGGUGCGGCUACAGCACCAAGCACAGGACCAACGACGUUAGCUUCCGGGUCGGCACCGCCUAGAGUUGUGGCACUUGGAGAAGCCAUUGAGCAACUCAAGCGGUGCUAUGAUACGCGAUUCAACUUGUAUUUGAGUUAA